GCCUUUUUUUAUCAGCAAACGCCGUUGCGUUCCUUUCUAUCCUCGAUAUUCCAUCUCUAAAAUAUUCUCAUAAGAAUCCCCCUUUUCGCUUUCGAAAUUUUCACCUUUUCUUCAUCUUUUCAUCAGUUCAUCAAACCAAAAUCCCCAAAAAGUCUAUACACUUUUCAAAAGAUCAAUAGAAAAAUCAAGCAACCAUGGUGCGUAUAAGCAACAACUUAGUUGGCAUCCUCAAUUUCGUAACAUUCCUCCUCUCAAUCCCCAUCUUGGCCGGCGGUAUUUGGCUUUCACGUCAAGGAACCUCCGAAUGCGAACGAUUCCUCGAUAGACCAGUCAUCGCACUCGGCGUCUUCCUCAUGAUCGUCUCACUCGCCGGACUCAUCGGCGCGUGUUGUCGCGUGUCCUGGCUCUUAUGGGUUUACCUACUCGUCAUGUUUCUACUCAUCGUUCUACUUUUCUGCUUCACGAUCUUCGCGUUCGUCGUCACCAACAAGGGCGCCGGAAACACGGUAUCCGGUAGAGGAUACAAGGAGUACCGUUUAGGAGAUUAUUCGAGUUGGUUACAGAAGCGGGUUAACAGUGACAAAAACUGGAAUAAGAUCAAGAGUUGUUUAGAAGAUAGCAUGGUUUGCAAGAGCUUGAUUGAUGACGGAUCUGACAAUACUCCAGUUGACGUUUUCUACACCAGACAUCUCUCUUCUAUUCAGUCUGGAUGCUGCAAGCCCUCGAACGACUGCGGUUUCACAUACGUAACUCCGACCAACUGGACCAAAACUCCGACGACCUCCGGCAACCCUGACUGUAAUGCUUGGGACAACGAUCCAAACAACCUCUGUUUCAACUGCCAAUCAUGCAAGGCUGGAUUACUCGACAACAUAAAGAGCGAUUGGAAGAAGGUUGCUGUACUCAACGUCAUCUUCCUCGUAUUCCUCAUUAUCGUUUACUCGAUUGGUUGCUGUGCAUUCAGGAACAACCGUGAAGAUAAUUCAUGGAAGCGCUACCCUUAGAGUGAUUUUUGGGUGGAGAUUACUGGGUUGUGUCUUUCUCUAUAUACUUUAGUAUAAUCGUUUUUACCUAUUUGUCUAUAUUGUUUCUUGAAGCUAUAGAAUGGUUAGAUCAAUGGCGAUGGGCGUUGACUGUUGCUCUGCGAUUGACCGAUUGUUACAUUUGGGUUUGAGAUACGACCACCGCUUUUAGGUGUAAAUAUUAUUCGUAUGAAAACGUUUAUUGAGAUUUAUUUUGAAUAAUUUGGUUUA